AUGCUGGCGGUGCCGGAGCCCGCGCGUCACUCCCGGACGCGGCGCACGGCGAUGAUGGCGAAGGAGCGCGACGGAGCGGGCGGCGGCGGCACCGGCACGGGCACGUGGGGGGAGCCGUGCCCUAAUGGGCCAUGCCAGGAUGGGCCAUGCCGGGAUGGGCCAUGCCGGGAUGGGCCAUGCCGUGAGGGGCCGUGCAGGGUGAGGCUGUGCCGGGGGGAGCCGUGCCGGGAGGGGCCGUGCCGGGGGGAGCCGUGCCGGGAGGGGCCGUGCCGGGAGGGGCCGUGCCGGGGGGAGCCGUGCCGGGGGGAGCCGUGCCGGGGGGAGCUGUGCCGGGGGGAGCCGUGCCGGGAGGGGCCGUGCCGGGGGGAGCCGUGCCGGGAGGGGCUGUGCAGGGUGAGGCCGUGCCGGGGGGAGCCGUGCCGGGAGGGGCUGUGCAGGGUGAGGCCGUGCCGGGGGGAGCCGUGCCGGGAGAGCUGUCCCCGGCACCCUGCGGGGAGCAGCUUCUGGGCGGCCGCUUCACUAGAACGGCAGUGCUGUGUAAAUUGUGCUGCUCUGUAG